UCUCUCUCCUCCCUCCUUGCUCAACCUGCUUAUCUGAACUGGGCAGGGCUCGAUACACUCACAGCACAGGGGGAGGGCCUUGUCUGCUUUCAAUCAAUAACCUCUGGAAUUCAGAAAUACAAGUAGGUCCUGUCUGUGGCAGGCUGUACCACACCGAGGAGGGCGGGCUCCAAAGCACACUCGACCGAGUCUCUAUCUGCUCCUGGCUUUCUAUCAGAGCGUUUCCUCAGGCCUUGACGGUGUUGUGAGUCCAUCACAAUGGCUGACCACACUUCUCCAGACUACUUCAGCUGCACUUUGUGCCAGAGCCUCCUCAAGGACCCCGUGGCGAUCCCCUGCGGCCACAGCUUCUGCAUGGACUGCAUCAGCGGCUACUGGAACGAAGCUGACUACACAGGGAUUUACAUCUGCCCACAAUGUAAGAUCACCUUCACCCAGAGGCCUGUCUUGAGGCCUAAUGCCACCCUGAGUAUGGUGGCUGAGAAGAUCAAGAAGAGCGGCCUGAACCUUAAUAUCAAUGCCUCCCAGGGGAACAUCUACGCUGGGCCCGGUGAUGUCCCUUGUGAUUUCUGCUCUGGGAAGAGACUCAAAGCUGUGAAAUCUUGUCUCAACUGCCUGGCGUCCUACUGUGAGAAACAUUCAAAGUCUCACUACGAGUCACCCACCUUCAAGAACCAUAAGCUGGUGGAUGCUCUGCGCAACCUGGACAGGAAGAUCUGCCCGCAGCACCAAAAGUCCCUGGAGCUUUUCUGUCGGACAGACCAGAUGUGUAUCUGUGCUAUCUGCACUGUCAGUGAACACAAGGGCCAUGACAUUGUGUCUGCUGAGGCUGAGAGAGGAGAGAAGCAGAAACUCCUGGGAAUCUCCCAAGCUGAGAUCAAACAGAAAUGUCAGGAGAGGGUGAAGGAGCUGGAGGAGCUGAAGACGGCCGUGGAUUCACUCAAGAACUCAGCUCAGAGGGCGAUGGUGGAGAGCCAGAAGAUGUUUGAGGACAUGAUCCGCUCCAUUGAGAGGAUGAGAUCAGAGGUCACCAAGCUGAUCGGCAUCAAUGAGAAGGCCGCUUUCAACCAGGCCGAGGUAUUGAUUGAGAGACUGGAGCAGGAGAUCGAUGAGCUGAAGAAGAAGGAGACUGGGCUCAAGCAGCUGUACAGCACUGAGGACCACAUCCACUUUCUGCAGAACUUUAACUACCUGUGCACACCCACUGAUGACGGCUUCAUCCCCAAAGUGACAUUGAACCCUGACUUCUCCUUCGCGGCCGUGAGGAAAGCUGUGUCUGAGAUCAAGGAACGCUUGGAGGAGUACGGCAGAGAAGAGCUGCUAAGUAUCUCCAAAUCAGUGAAUGAAGUCCCAGUUUACAUGACAGAAAGCAGAACACUGGACAGAAGGAGCAGAGGCAAAGAGGUCAUGACGGUGGACAACACUCCUCCUCCAGAGCCCAAGACCAGAGCAGAGUUUGUCAAAUACUUCUGCCCGCUCAAACUGGACCCCAACACGGCCUACAAAGAGCUCUACAUCUCUGAAAACAGCAGGAAAGUCAUCCGUACCCGAGAUCUUCAGCCAUACGGAGAAAACUCAGACAGAUUUGACAGCUUCGCUCAGGUUCUGUGCAGGGAGGCUUUAUCAGGAGGCCGCUUCUACUGGGAGAUUGAGUGGAGCGGCGAGUUCUCCAUCGGUGUGGCCUACAGGAGCAUCAGCAGGAAGGGUAAAGGCUCGCUAUGCCUGCUUGGAUACAACGACAAAUCCUGGAGCCUCCUCUGCUCUGACACGGGUUACUCUGCCUGGCACAACCGUGUCGAUAAAACCAUCAACGCCCCCCACUCCCCCAGGAUAGGCGUGUACCUGGACCACACGGCGGGCGUGUUAGCAUUUUAUAGCAUAGGGAACACCAUGAACCUGCUGCACCGGUUCGAGACCACGUUUGUUGAGCCUCUUUUUCCGGGAUUUGGCGUGGGAACAUCUGUCAAGAUCUGCAACCUCAAAUAAACACUAAGCUCUAUUUUUCCUUCAUUGUCUCAUCAUUACCAGCAGUGCUUUAUAUAUAUUUUUGAAACAGUACCAUACCAUAUAAAUGACGUUUUAUUGCUUAAUUUUUGUUCCUGCCAAAUAUGUACAUAGUUUUCUAACUUUACAUAUCACUUAUUUUUGCAUAUUUCAAAUCACAUUUUAUUGAUAGAUUUCGAUGUCUUAUUGAAAAGCAUGAUCACCACAUAAUCACACAAGUAAAAUACAAAGAGAAGUGUUAUUUAACAUCUGAUUAUAACUGCUGGAUAAUAUUUAAACAUGUCAGUAUCUCAUACGUUGGAGCCAAACCUUCAAGUGUUACCUGAUCCCAUGUGUUGUUAUAGAUCACAAUUUUACAUUUACACAUUACUUCAUAAAUGAUAUACUGAUGAUGCUGAGUCACAGUUGGUCUAUUUGCUCUUGAUAAGCCAUUACUUCACUUGUCAACCCUACUGUGUUAUAACACAAAGGCUAUGUAAACACUGGUGUGACUGGUCUGAGUGAUACAAUAUUGUCCAUGCUGGUGCAUUAAUGUGUGUUGUUUUACAUUCAGCACACCCAGAAGAACAUUUCAUUCUGUCAUGUUUUUAUGUUAUCUAAUAGUCAUGUCAGUCAUUAAGUGUCUUUACAGUUUAUUUUUCAUUUGGACUAACCUUUAUUUAAUUUUAUCUAUAUGUACUUAUGUAAUGGACAUCCAGAGUAUAAUUGAUAUCAACAGAAGACUUGUUUUGUAACAAAGUUGUUCAUUAAAAGUGCUAA